CAUCCCGCUGGAGAGGAUGGCAUCUGAAUAAGUUAUCCUAGCAUUUUCUAUAUUUUGAGCCAAGCAUUGCUGUGUUGAAACUUGAAUAGGGAUUCCCUGGGCGUGGUAUCAUCAAUUCAUAUGUAACAUACUCAAGAGGAUCCAUGUCUUUUCUUCGUUGGGUAACUGAGAAACUGAGUGUGGAGAGCCUGAGGGAUUUGGACUUAUUUGGAGAGCAAGCUCAGGGACUCUCUCACAGGAACGCCCAUGAGGACCGCCAGGAGAGUCUGACCUCCCCCCCACGUCGGGACACCAUGGGCAGCUUCCUCCCUGACAGCGGCUCCUACGAGCUCCUCACCGUUAUCGGCCGGGGCUUGGAUGACUUGAUGACGGUGAACCUGGCUCGAUACAGGCCCACCGGGGAGCACGUUGCUAUCCGACGGAUCGACAUGGAGUCAUGCACUAAUGACAUGGUCGCCUACCUGCAGAGUGAACUACAUGUGUCAAAGCUGUUUCACCACACCAGUAUUUUACCCUACAAGAGUGUCUUUAUAGCUGAGAAUGAGCUGUGGGUCGUCACUCCUUUCAUGGCUUAUGGGUCAGCCAGAGAUCUGAUCUGCUCACAUUUCGCUGACGGUAUGACUGAGCUGACCAUUGCAUACCUUUUGCUGGGAAUACUCAGAGCUCUUGAAUACAUCCACCACAUGGGAUACGUUCACCGGAGUGUGAAGGCCAGCCAUGUGUUGAUCUCGGCAGACGGACAGGUCUGCAUGUCAGGACUACGGAGCAUCUUCAGUCUGAUCCGUCAUGGCCAGAGGGCCAGAGUGGUCCACGACUUCCCCCAGUACAGCGUCAAGGUGCUGCCUUGGCUCAGCCCCGAGGUGCUGCAGCAGAACCUGGAGGGCUACGACUUUCGGUCAGACAUCUACAGCCUAGGCAUUACAGCCUGUGAACUGGCCAACGGACAUGUGCCCUUCAAAGACAUGCCUGCUACACAGUUCGUACCCACACAGAUGCUGCUAGAGAAGCUCAAUGGGACGGUGCCGUGUUUGCUGGACACCACCACUAUCCCACCAGAGGAGCUGUCGAUGACACCUUCUCGCUCUGGAGCCGACUCCGGGAUCUGCGAGGGUCCAGGAGCCGGAAGUGUUCGCCACUCCAAUGGAGAGCCCUCCUCCUCGUCAGGAGGACACCCCUACAACCGGACGUUCUCCCCGCACUUCCACGCCUUUGUCGAACUGUGUCUGCAGCGAGACCCGGAGAAGAGACCGUCUGCCACCACUCUCACAGGCCAUCCCUUCUUCAAACAGAUUAAACGGCGGCCUUCGGAGGCGCUGCCUGAGUUGUUGCGGCCCGUGACGCCCAUCACUAACUUCGAGGGCACCCAGCCGCAGGACCCUCACUCUGGACUGGCCAGUCUGGAGUCGGGCCUCAGCCACCUGGAGGUGGACGACUGGGACUUCUGACAGUGGAAGACAAAGCGGGGAGACGCGCAUGGGAAACUGAUGGAAAACUCUCCGAGCAUACUGGACAGGAUUUGUUUUUGUAAUGGUCACCUUGUAAAUAAUUUUAAUCUUAAAACUAAAAGGGGUUGCUGUUCUCAGACAGAGGUUAAAAGCCAGCAGCUGUCCUGCCUCUUUUUGAAGUCUCUGCUUUUGUUAUCUAAUUAUGCACUCUUGCACUGCACUGAUGGCCUCUAUAUAUUUCACACAUAACAACCCAUGAAAACGGAUUCCUCUGUUCCUCAUGCUGCUGCUGAGGUUUCGGAAGAGGAUCUUUGGUUGUAGAUGUAGCCGAGACCUAAAGAUUCUCCAAUGGAUCGGUGGGAAGCUGCUGCUAGGGAUUCAGGGGAGACUCUACCUCUCUGAACAUGGCCCAUCUGCUCAGUGAGACCACCCUCUGUACAGCAGAUGGAAGGUUACAACUUUGUCCCGAUGGUAAAAUAAUUCAACAGCAUGUAUACACAUUUCUUAGCUCUCUGCUUGUGUUACAGUGUACACUACAUCUCAUGCUUUACACAUUACUUUAGUUGCAGAGGUUAAGCAGUACAUCUGUUUAGUUUAAUCCUCCAAGCAUAGAAGUAUGUAUUUCCUUGAACUUACUCUGGGUGUUAUGUGACUUAUGUCAGAAGUGAAUGUUACAUUGGUGCUUGUUUUGUCUGCAUGUACAUUUGAAAGAGAGGGAAAAGUGUUGCAAAUGUCAAUCUUGACUUAACAAUAAACUUUGUUCGCUUUAAA